GGGUGUGGGAGGGUUGACAUGCUUAUUUCCUUGGUGAGCGUCCCUUGCCAUUUCUCCUAGUCCUUCCCACCCUGUCACCUCUCUUCUUGUUCCUAGGACCCUCGAGAUGCCCCUCCUCCAACUCGUGCAGAAACCCGAGAGGAACGCAUGGAGAGGAAAAGACGGGAGAAGAUUGAGCGGCGGCAGCAGGAAGUGGAGACAGAGCUCAAAAUGUGGGACCCCCACAAUGAUCCCAAUGCUCAGGGGGAUGCCUUCAAGACUCUCUUUGUGGCGAGAGUGAACUAUGACACAACAGAAUCCAAGCUCCGGAGAGAGUUUGAGGUGUAUGGACCCAUCAAAAGAAUCCACAUGGUGUACAGUAAGCGGUCGGGAAAGCCCCGCGGCUAUGCCUUCAUCGAGUAUGAACACGAGCGGGACAUGCACUCCGCUUACAAACACGCAGACGGCAAGAAGAUUGAUGGCAGGAGGGUCCUUGUGGAUGUGGAGAGGGGCCGGACCGUGAAGGGCUGGAGGCCCCGGCGGCUAGGAGGAGGCCUCGGUGGCACCAGAAGAGGAGGGGCUGAUGUGAACAUCCGGCAUUCAGGCCGCGAUGACACCUCCCGCUACGAUGAGAGGCCCGGCCCCUCCCCGCUUCCGCACAGGGACCGGGACCGGGACCGCGAGCGGGAGCGCAGAGAGCGGAGCCGGGAGCGAGACAAGGAGCGAGAACGGCGACGCUCCCGCUCUCGGGACCGGAGGAGGCGCUCACGGAGUCGAGACAAGGAGGAGCGGAGGCGCUCCAGGGAGCGGAGCAAGGACAAGGACCGGGACCGGAAACGGCGAAGCAGUCGGAGCCGGGAGCGGGCCCGGCGGGAGCGGGAGCGCAAGGAGGAGCUGCGUGGAGGCGGCGGCGACAUGGCGGAGCCCUCCGAGGCGGGUGAUGCGCCACCUGAUGACGGGCCUCCAGGGGAGCUCGGGCCUGACGGCCCUGAUGGUCCAGAGGAAAAGGGCCGGGAUCGUGACCGGGAGAGACGGCGGAGCCACCGGAGUGAGCGUGAGCGGCGCCGGGACCGGGAUCGUGACCGCGACCGUGACCGCGAGCACAAGCGGGGGGAGCGGGGCAGUGAGCGGGGCAGGGAUGAGGCCCGAGGUGGGGGCGGCGGCGGCCAGGACAACGGGUUGGAAGGUCUGGGCAACGACAGCCGAGACAUGUACAUGGAGUCCGAGGGCGGCGACAGCUACCUGGCUCCGGAGAAUGGGUAUUUGAUGGAGGCUGCGCCGGAGUGAAGCGGUCCUCUCCACCUGCUGUGAUUGGACGCGUUCCUGCCCCACCCCCUUGCUGUCAUCCCCUCCCCCAACCUUGGCCACCUCAGUUUGUCCUCCAAGGGUAGGUGUCUCAUUUGUUCUGGCCCCUUGGAUUUAAAAAUAAAAUUAAUUUCCUGUUGCUACUGGG